CUCUUCCCUGGCGUCAGAGAAAUCCCUCCAGCGGCAUCCCCAAAGGCUCACAUUGUUGAAGGGGCAGCUUGUCCCAGCGCCCCACCUGGUGAUGUCAUUACCUCCGGAUGAGCUCCCUCCCGACGGCGGCUGGGGCUGGCUGGUGGUCGUGUCCGGCUUCCUGGCAAAUUCCCUCACCUACGGUGUCCUGCGCUGCCUCGGCAUCCUCUUCGAAGACCUGGUGGAAGCCUUCGAUGCCAGCGCCUCUCAGGUUUCCUGGGUCACAGCCCUGGCCCUGGCCACACAGCAGUUUGCCAGUCCCCUUGGAACAGCGGCCAGCAAGCGCUACGGAGCCCGGCCAGUGGUGGUGUCUGGCGGCUUGCUCUCCUGCCUGGGCCUCCUCUGGGCCUCCUUCAGCACAAGCCUGCUGCAGUUAUACCUCACCUUGGGGUUUCUGACAGGUCUCGGCUGGGCCUUGGCCUUCGCCCCCGUGAUGGGCACCCUCGCCCGCUACUUCUCCUCCCGGCGCUCCGUGGCCAUGGGCCUCGCCCUGACAGGCAACGGGCUCUCCUCCUUCGUCCUUUCCCCACUCCUGCGCCUUCUGGCCGAGUCCCUCGCCUGGCGGGGGGCCUUGCUGGUGACCUCUGCUCUGACCCUCCACCUGGUGGUCUGCGGGGCCCUCCUGCGCCCCCUGGUCUUGCAGGGGGACCGGCUGGAGUCGGGGUCCUUUUUUGACUGGGUUCUGUUCACCCAGCGAGGGUUUGUGGCCUUUUCUUUGGGCACCGCCCUGCUGGCAGCCGGAUAUUUCACCCCUUACGUGCACCUGGAGCCUUACGGGCGGGCGCUGGGCCUAGACCCCUACAAAGCUGCCAUGCUGGUGUCCGUUGCCGCUCUGUCUGAUGCCCUGGCCCGCCUGCUGGCGGGUUGCUUCGCGGACCGUCGCCUCAUCCGGCCGGCUCGUCUCCUGGUGUUGCUGAACUCCCUCACCGGCUGCAGCCUCCUCCUCCUCCCUCUCGCCUCCUCCUACGUGGACUCGCUGCUCCUGGCUCUGCUGUACGGCGUCAGCGCGGGGAGUUUCGCCACCGUGGCCUUCGGAGUCUUGCCGGAGUUAGUUGGUGUCACCCGUGUCGUGAACGCCACUGGACUCUGCCUGAUGAUGAUGAGUGUCGGGGGGUUGCUGGGACCCCCCCUGUCUGGCUUCCUGCGGGACCUGACGGGCGCCUUCACACUCUCGUUCCUGGUAGGCGGAGCCUUCGUCCUCGCGGCCAGCCUCGUCUUCCUGGGCCUCCCAUCGUUCUUUGCUGGCUGCAGGGCCUGCGGUGGCCCUGGGGACUCUCCCAGGGCCCGAGGGGCACCCCACGCCCUGCUGGCACCUCCCGCGGCAUCCGUUCCUCUCACCAGCAAAUGCUCCGAGAUAUGA